CCGGUCGACCAGAGGCCAACUCCAAACGCCUUCCCCUUCCCCUUCCCCUCUCCAUUCCUCCCACCUUCCACGUCCUCCUCAGUCUCUCCCCUCACCCCCAACCCAAGGAUCCCUCCUCCUCUUCACACUCCGUCUCGCCACAUUCGGAGCUCGGAUCCAACCACUGCCUAUCCCACCGGACCCCUUCCAAAUCACCCACGCACCCGAUUCGCUCCUCCCCUGCAAAGAGAGGUCUAUACCCCUACCUCGAUUCGGCGGCCGGCGCCAUGGCGAGCGGCAGCGAGCAGCCGCAGGCGGAGACCGAGCCCGAGGCGGUGGAGCUCGUGCUGUUCCAGGUCGCCGAGUGCUACGUCUAUCUGAUACCUCCUAGGAAGACGGCCGCCUCUUACAGGGCUGAUGAGUGGAAUGUGAACAAAUGGGCUUGGGAAGGGGCACUUAAGGUUGUCAGCAGGGGAGAAGAAUGUGUUAUCAAACUGGAAGACAAGAGCACUGGUGAGCUGUAUGCUAGGGCAUUUCUCAGAGAAGGCGAACCACAUCCGGUGGAAGCUGUAAUUGAUAGCAGCAGAUAUUUUGUACUCCGCGUUGAAGAGAAUAUAGAUGGGCGACAGCGUCACGCUUUUAUAGGUUUAGGCUUCCGUGAAAGAACUGAAGCAUAUGACUUCCAAGCUGCUCUACAUGACCAUAUGAAAUAUCUAAACAAGAAGAAGACCGCUGAAGAGAUGGUGCAGCAUUAUGAGAAUACGUCAUCAGUGGAUUACAGCCUCAAAGAAGGUGAAACUUUAGUUCUUCAAAUAAAAAAUAAAGAAAGUGGCAGCAAGACAAAAUCUGCAUUUUUCGAGCAAGGCCUGAACAAGCUAUCGUUCAAUGACAAAGCAAACAGCAAGGAGGGCACAGUGUCCCUCAAACUCCCACCACCUCCACCCUCACCCGUGUCUCCAACUGAUUCUGGAGUUGCCAUGUCCCCUUUCAAAGCAGAAUUUCCUUCCCAGGAACAAGCAGGCACCGGCAAUUCUGAAGACGUCGCCGCUCCUUUCAAAGCAGAAUUUCCUUCACAAGAAGCACUGGAUGAUACCAUCGAAGCUAAAGCAGAGGCUGCCCCUCGUAACCAACCAGCUGCAGCAGAGAAGAGCAAACAAGGAAGCGUGGAUGAUGAGUUUGACUUUGGGGACUUCCAGGCUGCUGCUGCUUGAAUCAUGUAUCUUGUACAUACGUCAACUUUAUUACGUGGACACAUACAUGACCCCUUUCUUUUUCUUGGAUCUCCCAUCAGUUGUGACUUUUUUCAGCCACCCGAGUUGUUGUACAGAGUGCUCUGAUAUGAUAAGCCGUAUAAAUUAAGAAUACAUAUAUAAGCCGUA